AAUAUUAUUGAAGAUAAACGAUCUGAACAUUACAUUUAUAUGAGCUUUUACAUUGUCUCUAUUUAUGUCAUCACUGCACGUCUGCAGUAGUUAUUACUUUAAAUCUGGGUCAAGUUCUAUAAAUACACCCAUGCGACUUCCGUUACAUUAUACAGAUAAUGAAGGUAUUAUUCGUGACAUUCUUUCUACUGGCUAGUAAUACAGUGUUGUUAGCUACACCUCCACAGCCACAUAUCAUCUUCAUCAUAGCCGACGAUUUGGGCUGGGAUGAUGUUGGAUUCCAUGGCUCAGACAUCAGGACACCAAACAUCGACAAACUGGCUCACAGUGGAAUCAUCCUGAACCAGUACUACGUGUCUCCGAUCUGCUCACCUACUCGCAGUGCUAUUAUGACAGGUCGCCACCCCAUACAUACAGGACUGCAGCAUGAGGUGAUAGGUGGAGCCACGCCCUACGGUUUACCUCUUAACGAGACAACGAUGGCACAACACCUGAAGACGUUGGGGUAUGCAACACACAUUGUGGGUAAGUGGCAUCUUGGGUUUUUCUCCCGAGACUAUCUUCCAACGAGUCGCGGGUUCGACUCUCACUUCGGCUACUACACAGGUCAUGAAGACUACUUCGACCACACCGCUGAAGAUUCGGGGUUUUGGGGUUUGGACUUGAGAAGAAAUCUUGAUGCUGUCUGGGACAUGAAUGAAAAAUAUGCCACUGAGAUUUUUACAAAUGAAGCGGAAAAUAUUAUCCUAUCCCACAACCAGUCUGCACCCUUAUUCCUGUAUUUGGCCCACCAGGCAGUGCAUGCUGGUAAUUAUCACGGGGACCCCCUGGAAGCUCCACAACAUUACAUAGACCGCUUUCCUGAUAUACACGAUAAAAACAGAAGAAUUUUUGCAGGUAUGGUGUCUGCUCUAGAUGACUCUGUUGGUAACCUGACUCGGGUGCUUCAGGAAACAGGGAUGUUGCCCAACACGAUAAUGAUCUUCACCACAGACAAUGGGGGACCAACUAAUGGCUACGACAGAAACGCUGCCUGCAACUGGCCUCUCCGGGGUGUGAAAAAUACCAUGUGGGAAGGUGGCGUUCGGGGUACAGGCUUUGUUCACAGUGCGCUUCUCAAGAGAUCGCAGUAUGUACAGGAGAACCUGAUGCACGUCACCGACUGGCUGCCCACUCUGUACCAGGCCGCUUGCGGAGACCCGUCUCACCUCGGAGAUAUAGACGGCCAGAGUCUGUGGGACAUGCUGACAAACCAAGGACACCCAGUCAGGAAAGAGGUCCUCCAUAACAUUGAUCCUAUUGGAAACUUCUCCGCACUCAGAAUGGGAGAAUACAAACUUGUCAUGGGAGACAUAUCACAUGGGUUCUACGACUCAUGGUACCCACCACCUCGAAGUUUCGUGUCUGUGAACCGUUCUGUGUAUUCUAAAGAUGAUUUUUUUAAAUUAAAAAGCAAAGCCAUUUCGGUGAACUGUGGACCCAAGCCCGCGAAUGCUUCAAUUAAUUGCCAGCCAGAGAAAAGACCAUGCCUGUUUCAUAUUCCCAGUGAUCCAUGCGAGUUUUCUAAUAUAGCAAGUGACAACAAGUAUCUAGUUCAGCUGUUCUUAGACAGAUUAGAACAACUGGAGUCGUCAAUGGUGCCACCCCUCAACACACCUAUAGACCCAAAGGGGAAUCCUGCACUCCACGGAGGAGUCUGGCAGUGGUGGAAGUGAUAGCGGAGUUUUUGUGGUUAGGCAAACAAAUGUAUACAGUGAAACCCCUCAAGAUGGGACCCUCUCUCAACUGGAAUUCUCUCAAAACUGGACGUUUUCCAUGGUCCCAUGAUUUACAUAUUGUUCAACACUACUGUUUACUUCUCUAAACAGAAAACCUCUCUAAAAUGAACAUCCGAUGAAUAAUUCAGUCCCAAACUCUUUAUGAAGUGCAAAUUGUACCUCUGAAAACCGGGAAACCAGACUUUUAUCAAUCAACAUGACGCCAUUACUUGUGUCGUUUAUUGUCACUUUGCCGUUUUCGGACAGAUUACCCAGGGCUUUUAGAAUUUUGACAAAAUCCACUAGCCAUGCGAUCAGUGAUUUUAAAAAUUUACUAGCCACAAUUAAAAAUUCACUAGCCCUACUUUACUUAAUACAAUUUUACUAAUAGUAAUAAUCGGGAACAUAAUUCCCAA